CUUGUACCUUACGCCACUCCUACACAUCGCUUGAACCUUCCCUCUUCGCUUUACCCUCACUUGACGCUACGCCACACGAUGUCCCUAACGUGUGCGCUACUGAACGCUAACGCGGCGGCCGCGGCGGCGCAGGCAAGAAGGCGGCACAGGUGCAACUGCAGGCUGAACUCAACACCGAUGACGAAUGGACCAAGUUCUUGCAACGAGAUGGUUGUUAGUGAUAGACGUGUAUUCGGAAUGGUGUGGGCCCUGCAUCGGCAUGGUCGGAAACCUGAAGAAGAUCAAAGUUGAGAUCGGAGGAGACAACCUGCAUUUGGCGGUGGCGAAAGCGGACACUAUCGAGUGCUUGAAGCGUUUUCGGAACCGCAGCGAGCCAACGUGGAUGUUCAUAGCUGCCGGUCAACUAGUGAACAUAAUCUUCGGUGCUAACGCGCCUCGCAUCGCGCGGACCAUCGAACAAGAGCUGAAGAAUGAGGAGUUGGCCAAGAAAGGGGAACGGGAGAGGCCUCAGCGGGCCCCUCACGAGCUGACUCCGGAAGAACAGGAGGUGGCGCUAGCGCAAGAUAAACUACUCGCUGAACGUCGCGAACGCGAGCGCGCCGCAGCGGCAGCUGAGCGUGAAGAGCGUCGCGAAACGCGCGCGCGUCGCGUCGACCAGCACUUCGCUGACGUUUGCGCUGGCUUGCUUCUUCCGCAUGCGCAGAAGCAUUUGAGGAAGGUGUCCGAUGCUUUGGAGCCCUAUGGCGUCCUAGUCGCGGACAAAUGUCCCCUGCUCCUCGGCAAGAUGGAAGCGCGUCGGCUGGCGGUGGAAGAACCAGAAAUGGGUCAGCCAGCAGCCAUGGCUGCUCUCACAGAGCGACCUUCUUUAGCGUUGCUGCUGAAGAAACAACCGGAUAGGGAAGGAGAUGUCAUAGAGCUCUGCCGCCGAGCGUUAUACGGGGAAGGUUUGGAAGAAGAAGAACGCCCGAAGAAGCUGGUGUGUGACGAGCUACGCCUGGACGGAGUUCCAGGGGUAUACGUGCCAGCGGACAGGCAUCAGCGGGCUGCUGUUUUAGAACUGUUGUUUCCAAAGAUGGUAGGCGCAGUAGUGGAACCCCUCCCCCCUCCCGAGGCCCCACACGUGGCCAUGAUGUUCGGUGCAUGGCAGCGGCGCGCCGUGCUCGCAGCCGCUGCCAAGUGUGCUGCUCGUGUGCUGAAGCACGGUUUCUUUGCUGACCCCAACGUGCAAGAACCGAGGCUGCUGUGUAAAACAGCAACGCAGUAUGAGGACAGGCUGGAGAAGGACUACUGCGAAACCAUAGUCCUCCAAGUGGCAGUGGGCCUCGCAGAGCCUGAACUGGCGGACCCAGCCGACCUAUUCCCCCCCGGCCCCCCCGCUGAGCUACUCUCCCUCGGUCCCAUACACGUCAGCGUGGACGCUGUGGAAGGUGCCCUGGAGUGUGCCAGGUUCUUCCCGCCAGGGUAUUGCGAGCCGGAAGAGAAGCCGAAGCCGAAGAUUAAGAAGAAGAAGAAGAAGCGUCAAGGCGAGAACAAAGAAGAGGCCGUGGACCCCGCGCUCUCCGCCACCCAGUCGACAGAAGGCGAGGCCUCCGCCGAGGCCGAGGCCGCCGAGACCGCCGAAGACGAACCAGACCAGGACGAGGCCGAUGAGGACGAGGGUGCAGUGGAUAAAGCCACGUCGCCACCGCCCAUGGCUGAAUAGAGAUUCGUUUGUUUUUGUAGUCUAUACCUACCAUCAACAGUUGGUUGGACAUUCAUUUGUUUUUUAGCCUGCACCACGCCGAUAGCUGAGUAGACAUUGAUUUGUUGGAGAAGGCCUAGGCCACCGAAGUCGAAGCAAACCAGGCAGACAAGCAUGGUCGCGUGUUAAACUAUGGCCGUCCUUUUCACACUAUAUGUAAGUGCGAUAGGGACGACCUGACGUUAUAUCGUUUAUCACGCGACCAUGCUUGCCUGCGAACGAGGGGGCAGUAGAUAAAGCUAUGUCGCCGCCGCCCAUGGCCGAAUAAUAGAUUCUGCCAUAGAUGAUACUUACAACCUGUUCUUAUUGAUUUCCGUUCUUUAAUGUAAGGUUCUUUUUUUAGA